UUAAUUAAACGUUUUUUUUAUAGAUAAUACAUUUUACACAAAACCAUUUAAGUAAAAAAAUAUUCGAGUUUAGUGUCAGUUUUUAGGCCUUAAACUGUUUCAAAAAUUGUUGGGCAAGAGCCCGUGUAAAAUAUAUUUGAGACAUACUAAGCAUGCCCGUCCAAUCCUCCUGGCCGCGCACCUACCUCAACUGGAAACGGGUGCUGAUCCUCUCCCUGAAGUGCGUCUACUUCAUGCUGGUGGUGAAGUUUAGCCAGAAAUGCCUGGCGAAGACGGUGAAGAACCACUUGAUCCAGCGGAAGAUGAAGUCCGGAAACCUCCGGCUGGAGGAUCUGAGGAGCGAAGCGGCACACCCCAUGGUCACGUGACGAUUUUUAUGUAUAUUUCACACUUUGAAGAUGCCAAUAUGGCACAUGAAUAAACGACAGUUGGGGUAUGUC